CCCCUUACAUAAACAUUGGGUAUAUAGAUAGACAAUUAUUGUUUAGAGAACACAAAAACAACAAAACAGAUCUCCAAAUUUGCAGUUCCAUCAAUUCAAUGCAUGAUACCAUACCACCUUUAACUUCUAAGCCUCGAUUCUUCCCAAAAAAUUAGCAAUAAAAUUACAUAUUAUUAUCACAAAAUGGCAAAUUUGAACCUUUUGAUUUUAACAGCAAUAGGAUUCAUUUUUUGUUUCAGAAUUGCAGAGUCGUUGCGGUUUAAUUUGAAUUCAGGUCACACCAAAUGCAUAUCAGAGGAUAUAAAGAGCAACUCCAUGACUGUCGGAAAAUAUAACGUUGUUAAUGCCAAAGAGGUUUCGCCUCUACCUGAUUCUCACAAGCUCACUGUCAAGGUGACAUCUCCAUUUGGGAGCACAUAUCAUUAUGGGGAUCAUGUGGAAUCAGGAAAUUAUGCAUUUACUGCAGCUGAGGCUGGUGAUUAUACUACAUGCUUUUGGGCCAAUGAACAUAGGCCAGAAGUUACCUUGACAAUUGAUUUUGAAUGGAAAACUGGUGUUGCUGCUAAGGAUUGGUCUAAAGUUGCUAAGAAAGGACAAAUCGAAAUUAUGGAGCUUGAGCUGAAGAAAUUGUUUGACACAGUCACAUCCAUUCACGAUGAGAUGUUUUAUCUUCGUGAGAGGGAGGACGAAAUGCAGAUCCUAAAUAGAUCAACAAACUCGAAAAUGGCAAGCCUAAGUUUACUUUCACUCGUAGUUUGUGUAGCAGUUGCCGGGUUGCAACUUUGGCAUCUGAAGACAUAUUUUGAAAGGAAGAAGCUACUCUGAUUUUUUUUACUUUGAUCGGAAGAAUUGACUCCAAUUUUGCUUUUGAUAGCGUCCUCUGUUUCUUAACUUUUAACUUCUUAUGCGCGACAUUUAAAUGCUCAUGUAAAGUCCCUUUAGUUUUGCAAUUUUGAGAACAGAUGAACCAUUUGGCUAUGGUUUGAAGUUCUGAGCAGUUAAUCUUAAAGACUACUACUUCUCUCAUAUUUGAGAUGUAAUUUGAAUGUGAAUUUAUUCAAUGCAGCUUAUUCACUUUGUCAAA